AUGGAGAAUGCUUUUGCCGGUUCAUGCGUGCAGAGUCUUUUCGAGCCCAAGGUGGACUUUGCUGUUUGUAUUAAUAAAUCAAUCAAUCUGUUUGUAAAAGACACAAAUAGUUUAAAAGAUGUGGAUGAAAGGAAGAACGAAUCGACUAGCAGUGACAACAUGAUAGAAACAGAUAAGAGCACUAAGAACGAUAAGAAUGAUAAGAACGAUAAGAGUGAUAAGAAUUAUAAGAACGAUAAGAAUGAUAAGAGCCAUAAGAACGAUAAGAAUGAUAAGAGCCAUAAGAACGAUAAGAAUGAUAAGGGCCAUAAGAACGAUAAGAAUGAUAAGGACCAUAAGAACGAUAAGAAUGAUAAGGACCAUAAGAACGAUAAGAACGAUAAGGACCAUAAGAACGAUAAGAAUGACGAAAAGGAAGUAAGCAUACUUAGUGAUGAUACUUCUCUAAUUGAUUUAAAAAAACAAAAUUUAAUGGAUGAAAAUUUGUCCCUCUUGAAUGGAUAUCUUUACUUCAACAGAAUUGAACAUAAUAUAAAUUUAUUGCUUACAGAAUUAUCAUCAGUAAAGAAAGAUUUUCUUUUUUUGAGUAAACAAACGAGAGUUAAUGUAAAAAAAGUACGGAAAAUUAAGAAGAAAAAUAAAAUUUACAGAAUAAUACUUGAAGAAAUAAAAAAAGAUAGAAAGAGAAAAGAAAUUUAUGAGAUGUUAAGUUUAGAAAUUCAAAAAUUAGAAGAUGUAAAAAAACUUCAAAAAAAACAAGAUACAGAAAAGCAAGAAAUUAAUAAUUACCAAAAUAAAAUACAAAACAUAGAAAAUAUUAUUAAAAAGAACAAUGAGAAUAUGAAUAAGACCAUUCAUCAGAUCGAUGAAGUCUUAUCUGCAAAUUUGCACCUCGAUAUGCAGUAG